UAGGUAUUUUAGCUUUGCCUCACACAAGUAUUUGUUCUCUUCACAAACAGCGUUUCCUCAUUUCCCCACCCCCUUAACACCCCGCCGCCGGAGGCUAAUCCAGGAGGAAUAAUGGCAUUCAUCAAAGUCCAGAAGACUAGGGCUUACUUUAAGCGUUUCCAGGUUAAAUUCAAGAGAAGGAGAGAGGGGAAGACUGACUACAGAGCAAGGAAUCGCCUGAUUAAUCAGGACAAAAACAAGUACAACACUCCAAAAUAUCGUUUCGUUGUCCGAUUUACUAACAAGGACAUAAUCGCCCAAAUUGUGUCUGCUAGCAUAGCUGGUGACAUGAUUCUUGCUUCUGCAUAUGCUCGUGAGCUGCCUCAGUAUGGCCUCAAAGUCGGACUGACAAAUUAUGCUGCUGCUUACUGUACUGGACUUCUCUUGGCAAGACGAGUUCUCAAGAAACUCGAAAUGGAUGAGGAGUAUCAAGGGAACACUGAGGCCAGUGGAGAGGAUUACUCAGUUGAACCCGCUGAAAGCAGGAGGCCGUUCCGUGCUCUCUUGGAUGUGGGCCUUAUUAGAACUACUACUGGAAAUCGUGUUUUUGGUGCUCUAAAGGGUGCAUUGGAUGGUGGAAUUGAUAUUCCUCAUAGCGAAAAGAGGUUUGCUGGGUUCAGCAAGGACUCCAAGCAACUUGAUGCUGAUGUUCACCGCAAGUACAUCUAUGGUGGCCAUGUUGCAACAUAUAUGAAGACUUUGACUGAAGAUGAACCUGAGAAAUAUCAGUCUCACUUUAGUGAGUACAUUAAGCAAGGUCUCGAGGCUGAUGAUCUCGAGGAGAUGUACAAGAAGGUUCAUGCUGCCAUACGUGCUGAUCCAAGCCCGAAGAAAUCUGAGAAGCAGCCUCCCAAGCAGCACAAGAGGUACAACCUGAAGAAGCUGACUUAUGAGGAAAGGAAGGCCAAGUUGAUUGAGAGACUGAAUGCUUUGAAUUCAGCUGCUGGAAAUGACGAUGACGAGGAAGAUGAUGAUUGAGAGACACUAGAAUUAUGAGAUGUUGCUUAUGGUUUUGUUAUACUCUCUGUUCUUCCUAGAUAGGAAUCUCAGUUUUGCAUGCUUAUAUGUCUGUUUAACAAUGUAUGAGGUUAGAUUUGACAAGUGCAUGAAUUCUGUUAAGUACUAUCGAAUAGCAAUCAGUUGUUUUGUGACCUUGACCUCAUGCUUUGGAUCAAUGUAAUGGGAUUUUUUUUGGAUUAUUUACGUGUCUUUGUGAAGCA